AUGGCUAAAUCAAACGCAGUUCUUGACAUAUCCUUUGAUUCGUCCAAUUCCAAGAAGAAAAUAUCUUUGAACACAACUAAGGCCAUCCAUGAAGCCGACAGCCAGAACAAAAUCAGGGACGACUUCAAUUUGAUUGUUGCGGCUCUGGAUGAUCCCGUUGGCAAAAUGGACAAGAUCGAGGACUUGGUGCAGUCGGUUGAACCAGACCUUGCAUGUAUCGGUUCCCAGUUCGAUAUGAGAACUUCCUUGACUAUGUCCACCAUCUCCAGUGACCAGAAAAAGAGAGCCACAGCGGCCAAGCUGUGA